AUGCUAGCUGCUAUCACGCCCUUCCUGCUCUUCUCAGCCUUUUUGCUAUUGUUGCUUGUCACGCUCUCCACCCCCAUCAUCCACAGCAUCUUCCUGUUCAAGAUCACCGCGCACGCGUCGUCGAGCAUCCUGGACUCAAGCGCGAAUGGCAAGGUUCGCUUCGGUGUCUGGGGCUAUUGCGUCUCAAACUUGCAGGCAAAGGUCGUUGGUAUCAGCGAGAACACAGACGCUUUCUGUUCUCCGAAGAAACUAGGCUAUACCUUUGACGAUCGGCUGAUGAGCGCCCUUGGCAUAGAUCAUAUCAGCAAUUUGAUCAGCAAGGCGCUCACUGCGGCGUUGGUUCUGCAUCCAAUCGCUUGUGCCUUGACCUUCGUUGCCCUCUUCUUCUCGCUCUUCAUGCUGCACCGUUCGCGUACGGGUGGCGUCGAUGCCGGGUCGCGAGUCGCCUCACUCCUCACGUUCUUCAGCGCAUUCCUCGCCGCUCUCAUUACGACCGUCGUGUUUCUAAUCGACGUGAUCCUCGUCGCCGUCGUUCGCCACCGAGUGCACAAAGACAGCGAUGGCGUGCUAACCUUGAGCUGGGGUAAUGCUGUGUGGAUGGCGCUAGGCGCAACUGUUGCGCUCUGGCUAUCUCUGCUUGGUUCCUGUGCUGGCAUCUUUGCCAUCCGCAGGCAACGUAAAGCAGCAGGCACGUACUAGAGUGCCAAGUCAGCCAACCCAGUUGUCGCUGGUGAUCAAAUACCUUGACACGUCCUGCGAACUAAUUCACUCUCUGACGAUGAUACCCCCACGCUACUUGGACGAGAAUAGACGCCAACGACUUAAACGGACAUUGACCCUACCCUACGAUUGAUGUGUUCUCUGUACCUCCAUCAGAUGUACUAU